CUCUUCUCUUCUCUCUUUCUAUCUCUCUAGUUUCACUUUCACUACAUUCUCGUGAAACUUACCAACGAACCUUCCUUUUCUUCCUUCAAUCUUCUCUUCUUCUCUCACAACCAAGAUUCACACUUUCAACCCUGUUUUCUUCAGAGGAACUACAAACCAAAUACAUGAUACUACAAUCUCUAAUGGAAGAAAAGCAAUUGGAUUUUGAUCAGCCACUUUUAUCAGUAAGGCGGGCAUCGUCAACAGAAUCUUCUGAAAACAACAAUAAAAGGAAAACCGAAAAGCCAGUAUCAAAACGAACUCGUCUUCCUGCUUACAAAUCAGAGUUGAAGUCAGGUCCGGUGAGUAACCCUGGAACUGUUCCUUUUGUAUGGGAGAACUCUCCUGGAAGACCUAAGGAUGAAGGCAAAUUACAAACAAGGGAUAUUGAAGAGCCUCUUGUCGCUCCUAAGCUUCCACCGGGAAGGGUUUUAAAAGUCAAACAGCGAGAUUUUGAUAAAAUUCCUAAGGGUACAUCGGUUAGUCAGUCCAGAACAGGAAGCACUGUCUCCAACUCUAUGAGUGUUGCAUCUUUGGAGAGUAAAGAGGAAAAUCAUGACAGCCGAAAUGAAGUGGUUCCCAAAAAAGAAAGUUCCGGUUCAGAUCAUGAGGACGAGACCUAUGUAGAUGCUCUUGAUACACUUUCUAGAACUGAAUCAUUCUUCAUGAACUGCAGUGUGAGUGGUUUGAGUGGAUACGGUGAUCGAGAGGUUCAGCCACCUGAAAGUUUUUCAGCAGAUCAACAGGCUCGUGAUUUCAUGAUCGAUAGGUUCUUGCCUGCAGCAAAGGCAAUGGCUUCUGAAACACCUCAUAUUCAAUAUGCAUCAAGGAAGCCAGCUGUUAGACAAGAACAGCCUAGACAGGUAAGGAAAGUAGAGAGUGGAGCUAAGCCCCGCCCCGUGGAUCAGAAAUGGCAAAAGGUUAUGCCACAUUAUGUCCAAGUUACAGACCGGGAGGAAAGUGAAGAUGAAAGUGAUGAUAAUGAUACAUAUGAAAGCUAUGCACCGAAAGUUUGUGGACUAUUUCCUCGGUUCUGUCUUUUGAAUCCAUUACAAGGAUUAAAAAUGGAGGAUAAGAUUGUAAAUUCUUCAAUUCAUGGAGUGCAGGGUAAAUCAAUUGCUUCUCACAGAAGAACUGUGAAAGAGCAUCCCAGAACUGCUAAUUACGGGAAAAAGUCCCAGUCUGGCUUUACUAAAGAGAAGGAUAUUCUGUGUAUUCAGGAAAAACCUAAGCGUGACAUCGAUCCACAUCGAAGAGGUUGCGACAAAUUACCAGCCUCUGUCAGGACUAGAUUCGAUUCAACCUGUGAAAGCCCUGUCGUUGAGAAAACUCUAUAUGUAGAUUCUGUACAAAAGGCUUCUUCUGAAAUGAAGUGUCCAACUGAUCGCAGAGAGGAUGAUUUCGAAGCUUUAAGAAAAGAUGGUAGCAUCAAUACAAAUCUUUCUAUAGAGUCUUCAAUGGAGGAUAGUAAACACAUGGUUGUUGUGGGUGGAAAACCUGGAUUACAGCCGAAAGGAUCAGUGUUUCUUGAUUCAUCUCUCUUGGUUUGUUCUGAUAGAUCAAAUGAUGCUAUGCAAAUGAAGAAAAUGACAAAUCAUUCCAACAAAAUAAACACCGAAAAGCAAGGAAGUAACUUAGAUCACGGUUUUAGUGAGACAGCAGGACCGAAAAUGGCCGGACACAAGAAAAUAGAGUCGAAUAAUGAAGUUCCAAGCAAUAAAUUAAGUUCCAAUGGCCUAAUUCAGAAUCCUGAUCCAUUGAGAAACUUGAAAUUGGCUAGUGACUCGGAAUUCGUUUUAAAGAGCCAGUGUGCUGCAAAAUUGGUGGAUCAAGAAUGCGCUAAUGUUCAUGACUCUAAUGUGAAUCGUAGUAAUUUGACUAGCUUAAAGGUGGUAGGUGGCAGGAAGAAUGACUCAGAAAACCCGUUUCCUAUGAAGCUAGGCCACACAAAGACAUCAAAUACAAGUUCUGUGAAGCAUCCUCUUGCACUUCCUUCGCCUAAAGCUCCUUCAGAGUCUUGGCUUAAGCGCACUUUACCAACAGUUUCCUCUAAGAAUAUGUCUUCACGGUCUAACCUUGCUGCCGGCAUUUAUGCCCCAACUCAAACUCCCAAUGCAGCUCCACUGAAUCCCAAGUGGGAAAUAAUCGUUAAAACUAAUGCUCAUCACGGGCAUAUGAGGCUUACUGAGGAACUGGCACCUAUUCCGGAAGCCUGAUUUUCUGAAGAGUGGACUUCUGAUAAUAUGAUUUGCACUCUGAAUUUUCAACCUUUUUCUCAAUGUAAUUAUUUGCUCUCUUUGUUUUCAUCCUACAGGUUUAUCUCCUUUUUGGUUCUAUAUACAUAUAGGUAGUAUACAAUUCAAAGUAUAAAUCAAAGUUGUCUUUUUAUUAUCCUGUAAAUCAAAUGUAAUAAGUGGUUUCAAUUCAAAGUUGUCUUUGUAACAACACCAUCUUAAUGGUGAUAUGUUCCUGCAAUAAUUUGGAGCAAAGGUCUUUUUCCUAAAAAUAAUUGUAUCUUCAAAAGAUGCUAUAGAAAAUAAUUUCAUGAUAACUGAAGAUCUUGCUCUUCAAUUUUCUUCAA